CCGCGCGUCGCGCGUCGAUGAAACGCUCGAGGGAGACGCGCGCGAACGACUUUCCCAUAUCGCGCAAGAAGAUCGGAGGCCACGCCGCGACGACGUCGAAAAUCGAACCCAAGGACGCCAUCGCGAGAGUUCAAAUCUUGAUUACGAAGUCGUUGCACGACGCGAAAGGAUUGAGCGAGGCGAUACGAGUGAGUGUGCGAGAGGUGACGACGAACACUGUGAACUCGCGGUGAGCGCGCGUCUCGGGCGAUGACGCAUAAACGAGGGAGCAUCGCCGCGUAUUUUGCACCGGCUGUUAAGACGCCGAGCGCGGCGGACGGCGCGAAGAAGGCGCGAACUUCCACGGAUUCAUCGUCGCGAUUCGAACGGUGUCCUUUAUGCGCAAAGAACGUUGCCAAGAUGCUUUUGGAAUCUCACGUCGGGACGUGCAUUAUACGUGAACGUCGAGAGGAUGGCGACAGCGAUGCUGAGGUUGCCGAGAAACAGCCGGCGACAAAACCAAAACCGGCGACGAACGCCUUCGCGAGCAUGAUGGCGGCGCAGCGCGAGCGCGAGCGCGAGCGCAUAUUUUUGUUGACCUACGACGCGGCGCGUUCACGUUGGGACGUGUCGUUGUCGUUGGGGAAAUCUAUUAAGGCGGAAUCUUCGGCGAAGUGGGCGAGUCAAGUCGUGGUUAAAGAGAAAUUGGCGAGCGGUACGACGUGUUCGACGACGCUAAAGUUGAUGACGGACGUCGCGAGCGACGAUGGUCCAGAUCAAGAGAACGCGUUGCGCGAAGCGUUACGGGACGCGAAAGAGUACGCUGAAGUUCGCGCGAGUCGAGCGAGUGCAGAUGGCGAACAGCUCAAGUUGAGCGUGAUCAAAUCCGCAUUGCAGAAGAAUAUCAGGCGAGGUCGCGCUGCUGCUGCUUCGCGCGUAGCCAUGCACAUGUGUUUAGACCCGCAAGCGCUCAUCGAAUGCGUCCGUAGACUCGUGAUCAUUUCAUUAGAAGAUGCUAUCCUGCAUCCAGAUGUCGUACUGUUGACGUGGCUCAUGUGCGCGACGAGCAAAGGAUUCGAGCCGACGGACGCGUUGCGCGCCGCGGUGGCUCGUAUAGCUGGCGAAAUGGCGGCUAUCCGCAUCAAAGAUAGCGUUUCGUACGGCGUCGCUGGCGAUUCAGCCAGUGGCAUGCUCGCGCUCAAUGACGUCGAGGCCGCGUUGCCGGCGGCCGAGGCCACCGUCGUUCAGGCUUUGAUGAUUCGUGCGCACUUUGGCGGAAUGCCCGGAGACGUCGCCAUGUUACACGGUUUUUCGCACGUAUGGUUCAAUCGGUUCAAGCAGACGGCAAAAAGUAAUGAUGUACCGCUCGAGUACGACGAGCUGCGCAAUCCGGAAAUCAUUGACGAUAAGUCGCCGUGGCUUUCGUAUCUCGAACUCGCAUUCGACGCCGCGCGAGAAGCAACGGAUGCAGCCAAGACGUGGGGUGGUUUCAUGCGCCGCGACGACAUACCGAUCGCCGCCGUAGACUUCCACGUGUCGAGUUGCGUAGAACACGUCUUGCAAGCACCCGCGGUCAGGCUUAGAAUCGUUGAAGCUGGCGAGCGAUUCGGAUUUGGUGACUCCAUCGACGUCGCAGAUCGAACAAAGUCGGCGAUUUGGCGUCACUCCGCUGGCGUGAACAAAAAAUCGAACAUCGCCCUGCGAAACACAGUAGUGAAGACGAUGAUUCACCCUCCGACGAAGAAAGAGCAGCUGUCUCUCGCGAUUUGGGAGAUCAUACGCGAGGAUUACGAGCGAUGGGUUCGGCGAUACUUGGCAUUUCGGAUGCCUCGCUAAACUGUAUUAUACAACAACUUGU